AUGCUUGAAACAAACAAUAAACCAACGAUAUCAGUGCUCUGUUCCAAUUUGACCGAGGAAGUUCCUUCGCUGGCCUUCAUAACGGCGGAAUCAUUCGGGUAUAUAGAGUUGCAUGCGUCUGCAGACGAGUCAGCAGGGAUUUUGUCACGAAUCUUCUUUUGUUGGACGAAUAUACUGAUUCAGAAGGGAGGGAAAUUGCAGUUGAACUCGAUUGACGAUGUUUUUGCUCUGCCCCCGUCGCUUGAAGUGGCAGCUAUUGAGCAUAAAAUGAUCGAAAAUUCACCUACUUUCUAUUCCGAUGGUCAACACUAUUCACUCUCGUCAUCACUGUUGUCCACUUUUGGAGUGGCUUUCUUCUCUCUCGCCUUACUCAGAGUCGCAUCUGAUGCAUUCACCUUCGCAGGCCCUAUUCUGCUUCACCUUCUUGUUGAUAUUCUGGAGAAUCCAGCGCCAAAUCCAAUGGGCUUCUUGUAUGCCGCCCUAAUGGUCUUAUGUUCCCUCCUAGCUGCUCCUGUUUUCAACCAACUUUCAGUUUUUAUAGUACGAGCAGCGACUGUUACUGCAAUUUAUGACAAACUGCUUAUGGUGCCCCUGAGCGAAAUGAGCAAGUUCUCGUCAGGGUCGAUUCUCAAUUUUGUUUCAACAGAUGUAGAUCGAUUAGUAAAUUUCUGUAACUCUUUCCAUGCCUUUUGGAGCUUACCAGUGCAACUGGCUAUCGCACUUUAUUUACUGUAUAGAGAGGUCGGCCUGGCAUUCCUUGCUGGAGUCGUUGCUGCACUAAUCCUGAUUCCUCUCAAUAAAUGCAUCACGAAUAGCAUUGGACGAAUGUCGGUGAAACUGAUGCAUUGUAAAGAUCAGCGAGUAAAGGUAUUCACUUCUCUGGCCCUCGUCAACAUUUUGAUAAUGCCUUUGAAUGCGUUUCCGUGGGUGCUGAAUGGCCUCGUCGAAGCGUUUGGUGUCAUUGAAAAGGUUGCAGCGGUUAUUUAUGUUGAACAACAUUGA